AUGAGCUAUGCUAGUUUAAUACAAGACCUUGCUCUUGAUACUUUUACUGUGAUUUUAGAUUAUGCUGAAAAUAGUUUACCAGAACAUUCAAGUACCAAUGAAUUAACAUGGAAGAAAAAAUUAAACUAUGAUGAUGAUCUUAAUCCUGUGGUAGUGGCGGGUUUCAUAUUGAGCAAUCUUGUAGUUUUCAAAUUUGGAGUAGAAGAUUCCCUUAACUUUGAAAAUUUUUAUAAAUUAGAUCUUGAUAAUAUUAAAAUAUUUGAUUUUUUACUACCAUUUAACAUUAUUGUUAGUUGA